AUGCACGACAAUCCAGCAUACGACGGAAGUCGUGAAAAUCUUUCCGGACCGGAUGUGACAGCCAGAGCACAUCCUCCUCCGUUACAAACGCAAUUAAGCACGGUACACACGAGGAGACAACAAGCCGUUUGCGUGAGGCAUGCUUUUAAGCAUUACGGGUCGAACAAAAAACCAAAUCAUGUACUUAGUAACUUAAACAUGACCGUUGCCAAAGGUACAAUAUACGGUUUGUUGGGAGCUUCUGGCUGUGGUAAAACGACUCUAUUAAGUUGUAUCGUGGGAAGGCGUAGGUUAAAUACUGGAGAAAUUUGGGUUUUAGGUGGUAAACCCGGAACGAAAGGUAGCGGAGUACCUGGCAAAAGAGUGGGUUACAUGCCUCAGGAAAUUGCUCUGUAUGGAGAAUUUUCGAUAAAAGAAACCAUGAUGUAUUUCGGUUGGAUUUUCGGCAUGGAAACCGAUGAAAUAAACGAUAGACUUCAAUUUUUGCUCAAUUUUCUCGACCUUCCGAGUGAAAACAGACUUGUUAAAAAUCUUAGUGGCGGACAACAAAGAAGGGUUUCAUUUGCUGUUGCUUUGAUGCACGAUCCGGAGCUUUUAAUUCUGGAUGAACCGACUGUCGGAGUCGAUCCUCUUCUCCGUCAAAGCAUAUGGACUCAUUUAGUUCAAAUAACAAAAGAUGGUAACAAAACCGUCAUAAUAACAACGCAUUACAUAGAAGAAGCUCGUCAAGCGCACACGAUAGGACUUAUGAGAAGUGGACGAUUGUUAGCAGAAGAAUCUCCCCAAGUUUUGUUGACAAUGUACGGUUGUCAAUCGUUGGAAGAAGUUUUUCUUAAAUUAUCAAGAAAACAAGGUUCGAACAAUGAUAAUAAUCAACAGGGAGAUUUAAACAUAUCAAAUAACAUAUCACUAGCUUCACUUCAUUGGUCUAAAAAGAAUGCAAUUUACGUAACGGAAGAAAGCGGAGUCGUCGGAUUAAAUUUUCAUCAAUCUAAAGAAGCCUUACACAAUAAUUACGAACAUUCAAACGGAAUGGGAAAUGUACAUUUGGAUAUUAAAACGAUCGGAUCUAAAGCAAGUAGAGCAAUGGAUAUAGAUUGCGACGAUUGUGGAAACGUGGCAGAUUGUUGUAAAAUAACAACCAAAGGAAAAAUAAGAGCACUGUUGCAAAAGAACUUUUUAAGAAUGUGGAGAAACGUCGGAGUCAUGUUAUUUAUAUUUGCAUUGCCAGUCAUGCAAGUUAUUUUAUUUUGCCUUGCCAUCGGUAGAGAUCCAACGGGAUUAAAAUUAGCCAUCGUUAAUCACGAAAUGGAUUAUUCGACAAUGGAAUGUCCAUUUUCUAAAAAUUGUAGUUUUGCUAAUUUGAGUUGUCGAUAUCUAAGUCAUCUCAACAAUACAAUAAUAAAAGAAUAUUUCGAGACUCCGGAAGACGCGCUGGACGCUGUUAAAUCGGGUGAUGCAUGGGGAGCUUUGUAUUUUACGGAAAAUUUCACGGAUGCUCUCGUUGCUCGUAUGGCAUUGGGUAGAGAUGCUGACGAAGAAACUUUGGAUCAAAGUGAAAUUCGAGUUUGGCUCGAUAUGUCGAAUCAACAAAUCGGAUUGAUGUUAAAUAGAGAUUUACAAUUAACAUAUCGUACGUUUGCUCAAGAUGUGUUGACAGAGUGCGAACACAAUCCGAAACUCGCAGACAUUCCAAUUCAGUUCAAAGAUCCCAUUUACGGUAGUUCGGAUCCGAGUUUUACGGAUUUCGUUGCUCCCGGUGUCAUAUUGACGAUAGUUUUCUUUUUGGCUGUCGCUUUAACAUCGUCCGCAUUGAUUAUCGAAAGAACGGAAGGAUUGCUCGAUAGGAGUUGGGUUGCUGGCGUCACUCCCGUCGAAAUAUUAUUCUCACACGUCGUCACGCAAUUUGUCGUCAUGUGCGGUCAAACGGCUCUAGUACUCAUAUUCAUGAUUUGCGUUUUUCAAGUCGAAUGCCACGGUCCUCUUCACUGGAUAGUCAUAUUGACCAUUUUACAGGGGUUGUGCGGAAUGUGUUUCGGAUUCGUCAUAUCCGCCAUUUGCGAACUCGAAAGAAAUGCCAUACAAUUGGCAUUGGGAAGUUUUUAUCCGACACUUUUGCUCAGCGGUGUGAUUUGGCCGGUUGAAGGUAUGCCCAUUGUACUACGAUACGUUAGUUUAGGUUUACCAUUGACAUUAGCAACGUCAGCCUUAAGGUCAAUGUUGACAAGAGGUUGGGAUAUAAUCGAACCGGAUGUUUACAACGGUUUCAUUGCCACAAUAAUAUGGAUUGUUAUUUUCCUCACCAUAAGUUUAUUGGUAUUGAAACUUAAAAGAGGAUAA